AUGCAGGAGACUUGGAUUGGAAAGCUCGGUUGGGAUGAGGAAGUCCCAAAACAAGUUGCCCAGCGUUGGAAAAGUUUUCGAAAUGAUCUCACACUUCUCUCGAAGUUAUCUGUUCCAAGAUGGUUAGGCCUUCUCCAGAACUCGUCGAUUGAAAUCCAUGGAUUCUCAGAUGAUUCUGUUCUCGCGAUGUCAGCUGUAGUCUCUCUCAAAAUCGUUAAUGGAGAUGAAGAGCCUCAGAUUUCUUUGGUCUGCGCUAAAACGACAGUAGCUCCUCUCAAACGGCUGACAAUCCCAAGGCUAGAUCUCACAGCUGCGGUUAUGCUUGCCAAACUCGUAAAGUACGUGAAAGGAGAGCUCAAUCUCUCGAACGCUCCGACGCUUUUAUGGACCGACUCCUCAGUCGCGCUUACGUGGAUCAACUCGCACCCGUCCAGAUGGAAACAGUUCGUGAGAAAUCGUGUCCAACUCAUACAAGAGACCUCACGAGCUCAAUGGAAACUUGUUCCUGGCAAGGAAAACCCAGCUGACUGCGCAUCUCGUGGACUAACAACAGCGCAGCUCUCUGCACAUGAACUCUGGUGGCACGGACCACCGUGGCUCAUGAAAAACUCAUCGUCGUGGCCAUCUCUAGAGCUUGUUUCAGUGACAACAGCAGAUCUUGAAGAGAAACCUGGUGUCUUUCUGAAGGUGAAGGUCCAGCGCAUAGAGAUUUGGGAUUUAGUUCAUCGCUAUUCUGCACUCAACAGAUUGCUUCGAAUUACGGCCAUCUGCCAAUGCGUCAUUGCUCGUCUCAGAAGAAUUCCUGGAUCAUCGUUAGCAACAGCUCUGAACCCUGGUGACAUCGAGCAGGCCCGACAGCUUUGGGUCAAGCUCACUCAGUCUGCGCAUUUUUCAGCUGAGCUUACGACCUUGUCCAGAGGGCAACGUCUCAGUUCGUCUCACUCGCUCACUCGAUUGACAGCGUUCCUGGACCACCGGGGAGUUCUACGCGUUGGAGGGCGCCUGAAAUUUGCUCAGCUUGACUGCGAAAAUAAGCAUCAGAUCAUCGUACCUCGGGAUUCGCAGUUCGCUCAGCUCAUCAUUCGGGAUGCCCAUCUCCGGACUCUGCAUGGAAGACCGCAGCUGACUCUCGGUCAACUCAGAAGGUCUUACUGGAUCCUCGGAGGAAGAGCCCCGGUAAGAUCAUUCAUCCUGAGGUGCGUUCCAUGCGCCAGGCAGCGAGGGAUCAAAGCUCAACAGCUCAUGGGCCAGCUCCCAGUUGCUCGUCUCACAUCUGGCCGAGCGUUCCUCAACACUGGAGUUGACUACGCCGGACCAGUGUCUCUCCGCUCGUGGAAGGGGCGUGGUCAUUAG